UUCUCCUUCUUCUCCUUCACCUUCUCAAAUUUUCUUUUUCUCAUUCUGCAUUUCGCCAUUGUUAAAAUUUCUAAGCCAUUUUAAUUUUCAAUUUAUCCUCCAUAGAAUAAUCCUCAAAUUCACAGCUUUUAUGCAUUGUAAGCUUUCAACCGAACCUACUCAUUUCUCCAAUAAUAUAUAUACGUAAUGCAUUUCACUUCGAAUUUCACUGACUCUAAAUUCUAACUGAAAGGACGAAAAUCAAAGGGGUUUAUUGAAUGCGGUUGGCUCUGUGAAUCAACAAGUUGAUGCCUGGUUUUGAUUUCUCGAUGACAACCACUAAACGUGCUUACAAGCUACAGGAAUUUGUAGCACAUUCUUUAAGUGUGAAUUGCUUAAAGAUAGGGAGGAAAUCAUCCAGGGUUCUUGUAACCGGGGGAGAAGAUCACAAAGUUAACCUCUGGUCCAUUGGCAAGCCUGAUGCCGUAUUGAGUUUGUCAGGUCAUUCAAGCGGAAUUGAUUCAGUUAGCUUUGAUUCUUCAGAAGUUCUGGUAGCUGCAGGAGCAGCAAGUGGUACUAUCAAGCUUUGGGAUUUAGAGGAGGCCAAGAUUGUUCGGACUCUCACUGGACAUAGAUCCAAUUGUAUAUCAUUGGACUUCCAUCCCUUUGGUGAGUUCUUUGCAUCUGGGUCUCUGGACACAAAUCUAAAGAUAUGGGAUAUUAGACGCAAAGGGUGCAUUCACACAUACAAAGGGCACACUAGAGGUGUCAACACCAUCAGGUUCACGCCAGAUGGCCGCUGGGUUGUAUCUGGUGGAGAAGACAGUACCGUAAAGAUAUGGGAUUUGACUGCAGGAAAGCUUUUACAUGAUUUCAAAUGUCAUGAAGGACAAAUUCGGUCCAUAGACUUUCAUCCUCAUGAAUUUUUACUGGCAACAGGUUCUGCUGACAAAACCGUUAAAUUUUGGGACCUUGAAACUUUUGAACUCAUAGGUUCUGCUGGACCUGAGACAACAGGAGUGCGUUGCAUGGCCUUUAAUACUGAUGGAAGAACCCUUCUUUGUGGUUUACAUGAGAAUUUGAAGGUUUUCUCGUGGGAACCAAUUAGGUAUCAUGAUACAGUAGAUGUUGGCUGGUCUACAUUGUCUGAUCUUAGUAUUCAUGAAGGAAAACUUCUUGGAUGUUCUUACAAUCAAAGUUGUGUUGGAGUGUGGGUUGUCGAUAUUUCAUGUCUUGAACCAUAUACAAUGGAUAGUACUACACGAUUAAAUGGUCACUCAGUAGUGAAAUCCAAUUUGAGAGCGAAUUUAUCCACUCCGGCUGAGGAGGCUACAGAUGCAAGUUUCGGGAGACUAUUAAGUUCCCCAAAUUCUGAUCCUGUGAAAGAAUCCAAGUAUUUUGAAAGACUUUCUUUGUCACACAACAAGGAUCUUCAGAAGGAUUCUACUACUAUUACUACUAUCACGGAUACUCCUGACACCUCACAAAAAAUAAAUCUCAGUACUGGUCCAAGAGCACCUCCAAUCAGCUCAAGAGCAGUUCCUAAUACAACUGGUGUAAAGAGGAAUUCAGCAAAAGCCCAGGCAACAGAAAAUGCUUUUAUUGUCAAUAAGUCAGAGAUAAUACCUGUUCUUGUCCCAAGAAAUAAUGAAAGAAUGGAGCUAGCACCCGAACGCAGGAAAGGAGGAGUUGCAGGAAGGGAAAUGCCACAAAGAUUGCAGCCAAAAGUAUCUGAUUGGAAGUCUCCUACUCCCAACGAAAACCUUGGGAGGCCAACUGCUGCAGUGCAGUCUGAAGUUGAAGUACCUAAGGCUAUUGAAAGUAGCAGUCCUGCAGAUAGGAACAUUUUCCCUUUUGUUAAAUGCUCGAUAUUUGGAAAUGCGGCAACUGAUAGAAACGUGAAUGAUGACAAGAAUUUAGUUUCCACAAAACAUGAAAUGGAUACAGCACCAGAAUCGCUCUCCGGACACCAAAUUGAAGAUUAUGAAGCCCGUGGAAAUAUUCUAAAUAGGAAUCCUUAUUCCAUGCAAGGUCAACUAAGAGGAAGGACACGGUCUACUGUUGCAAACUGGGAAAAGAGAGACAGCGUUCCUAAUUAUGAGGGUCUUGCUUCCUCCAUUGUCAGGACGGUACCUGAUCCGGAUGUGGUUCCAACCAAUAUGAAUUUAACUCAUCGUAAUUCAAUAAUCAUACAUGAAAAGAGAGAAGAUCCCCUUUCAGCUGUAAGUGAGGUGGUUGUUGCUGCCGAUGAGGAUACCAUUGCUGACUUGAUGGAACAGCACAACCAAUUUGUUGGCUCGCUGCAAUCUCGUUUGGCUAAAUUACAGGUUGUGUACCAGUACUGGCAAAGACAUGAUAUUAAAGGGGCAGUAAGUGCACUGGAGAAGAUGGCAGAUAAUGCUGUGCUUGCUGAUUUAGUGAGCUUCUUAACUGAGAAAAAUGACGUUAUCACAUUAGAGAUUUGCACAUGCCUAUUACCACUUCUCACGGGGCUGCUUCAGAGCAAGUUGGAUAGGCAUCAAGAUAUUUCAUUGACCAUGCUGCUCAAACUUGCUAAAGUAUUUGGUUCAUUGAUUUAUACUUCGUUGUCUACUCCAACAUCAGUUGGUGUUGAUAUUGAGGCGGAGAAAAGGAUGGAGCGCUGCAAUCUCUGCUUUAUUGAGCUUGAAAAAGUCAAGAACCAUCUGCCUGCUCUUUCUAGAGGAGGAUCCAUUGCCAAAUCUGCUCAGGAACUAAGUCUAGCACUUCAAGAAGUUUCAUGAGUUUACCAUUAUUGCAUGGAAUAGCGAUCUAAUAUUUUCGGGAAGUAACUAUGAUGUUGCUGAACUCGAGAGCGACUUUUGUAGAUCUGAAGCUACCUGCACUGCAUGCUUUUGUAUUUUACCGUGCUAGAGUUCAGUGUAUUGCAUUCCUGCACAGGAUGGAACACUGACUGCUAAUUCUUUACAUUUUCACUGAUCAUUGAUAGUUAACCUGCUCUACUCUGCUAGUGGUCUCAAUGUUGUUGCCAAUGAACGUGCUUGUCGGAGAAGGAUCCGUCAUACUUAUUCUCAUCUAACCCUAAGACAUCACUCUUUGUAAUUGUAGGUUUCUUGAGCGAAGUCAUGUACAAUUGUGGUAGUUAGUAUAUUAUGGAAGGGUGUCUAAACAAUAGCCGACUCAACUAGUUUGAGAUUGAGACAACGUUGAUUGAUAUAUAUGUGACGGUAUCUAAACUGUGUUGUAUCUGGA